UAGAUUGAAACUGCAUCGUGGGCGUGACUGCGCGAGGAGGCGGGGAGCCGCGUGGGAAGAGCGGCAAAGCUGAAAAUCAGAAAAACUGAAUCAGCUUACCCAGCAGUUCACCAUCAUUCUCAAUCUGGAACUUCCAUUUCCAUCCAACUAGAGUAACGCAAAACAGCAGCUGCGCCGGCAUGGCCGCCACCGCCAAGGACGUCCGCGCUGUCCACGUCCCUGACGAGGUGAGUAGGUGGUGGGAUACCUUCAACAGCUGCGUCCCCGUCGACGAGCAGGAUACUGAGGAGGAGCCGGUGGUGGACUCCGACUCCGAUUUCGAGCAGGUGGCGCAGGAGGAGGAGCAGAAUGGGGGCGUGGCGUUGAACGGGAGUGACGGCAACAUGACGGCGGCCGCCCACACGCGCGUCGAGGAGCAGAGCAGCGGUGGUGGCGGCGCCGCCCGUCAUGGCGAUGAAGAGGAGGUUUCUCAGGAUGGUAAUGUUCAGACUCAACGUGGGUUUCUGCUUGGGAGGAAGAGGAAAGCAAUCGCGACCCGAAGCAAGCCUGAGGCUACUGAAACUAAGAUCCACGACAAAAAAUGCCAGGGGGAGUCUCUGAGGGCUGAAAAUGAAAUUUUGAGGCUGCAGCUUGUGCAAACGAUGAAGGAGCUUGAGGCUGAACAGAUUCGGAGACUCGAACUUGAGUUGCUUCUGAAGAAUAAGGAGAACAAGUCCCUGAAAAAGCAGAACAAAGCGUUGAGAGCUGAAAAUGAGCACUACAAGAAGACUGCAAAGCCACCAAGAAAUCCAAGGCUGUGCAGGUUCUGUAACGAGUAUGUACUCGGCCAUGACUACCGCAACUGCCCCGAGAGGCGCGCUUCCCCUUCUUCUGAACAAGAUGAAGCUGAUGAUUCCAACUAGCACUCCUGAAGUUAUACUGUGUUAAUACCUAGCUGAUAGGACUUAUUUAAUAGAAUCUGCUGCUGUCCCAGAGUUAAGAAAUUAACGUUCCUUUUGUUGCUUCUAGUGAUGCUUUUGUGGCUACACGAUCUCUAAUGCAGUUAGUUACCUAGUAAUGUAUUUGCUGCAGAACAUGAAAAAUGACUGCAGUGCACUUGAUCUGUUCAGCCUUCUAUGAUAUUUAUGUGAACAUCAAGGUUUUAUCUGAUUA